ACGCAAACGCCUAUAUAAUACAGCGGCAUCCGGGCGAGACAGCGCUACUUCCUCGUGCGGCAAAGGAAGCAGCAAGCGUUGCAUACAUCCGUUCAAGAGCCAGUGAGGCAGCGUGGCCGACAUCAAUGAGCGCCCUUUCAAAACGGUGACGCCCUCCUCAACGAACACGCGCGGCAAACGUGCGUGCGACUUGACAAGACUCUCGAUUCGUGUGCACGAUCGUCUACAGAAGGCGCGAAAGAUAGUCCUCACCGUUCGAAGAUGGCGUUCCUGAUCGCGUUCACUUCUGUCGUGGUUGUCAGCCUUGUAUCGAGUGCACCUGUCGAAAACAAUGCCACAGUGGUUCCUGAUAACGGCGAAGACACAGCAAGCACAGAAGCAACGAGCGAUCUACCCGAAGUAACGACAGCUACCGAUUUACCCGAAGUCCCGAUGUUCAGAAUAGACAACAGGAGUGACAAGGAAAAGUUUCUCGAAGCAGUGAGAAGUGCGAGAAAACUGUGGAACGGCGACUACAUGUAUCAGCGGGACAUUCGCAUAACCAGGGCACAGCUGGCUCGAAUCUACGGCGUGGACACCUCGAAGGACGAGACAUUCUACGCGUGGCCCAACGCUACGGUGCCAUUCUCGAUCGGAAAAAAAGUUCACGACUUUGCGCGAGAGAUUCGUGACGCCAUGCGACAGUGGGAACAAGAGACCUGCGUCCGCUUUGUCGAGAUGACAGAGAACACCGGCGACACGGACCACGUUCGCUUCGUACAGUCUCGUUGGGCUUACUCCUACCUCGGGAAGCAAGGAGGGGCACAGAAGCUUGGAAUACCUAGCAAGUUUUUUCCCGACACGGUGAGUUCAACGUUCGACGUAGUUACGUUCUUCUGCGCACUGCCAAGGCGAUGUGUCUAUGCCAGAGUAAUGCUUACUUUCACAGACUCCUUCUUUAUCUUUUAGAAAGUGUGUAUAUAA